AUGGAAACAUUAUCAAAUGGUGGGUGUAUGUUAAUUCUUUCUUGUCAUUUCUGCAAAAAUUACAGGUUCUUGGAUAAAGCAGCCUACAUCUCUUCGAGGGAUUUAAGCGAUCGUGAGGAAGAAGUGAACAAUCCAUGGCGCCUCUGCCCAAUCACCCAAGUAGAAGAAGUAAAAUGCAUUCUAAGACUGAUCCCAAUCUGGCUCUGCACCAUAAUCUACUCAGUUGUCUUCACCCAAAUGGCCUCGCUCUUCGUCGGGAAAGGUGCAGCCAUGAAAACCACCAUCUCAAACUUCCACAUCCCACCCGCAAGCAUGUCGAGCUUCGACAUUCUCAGCGUCGCCCUCUUCAUCUUCCUCUACCGCCGCAUCCUCGAUCCAUUCAUUGGAAAACUGAAAAACUCCAGCUCCAAGGGGCUGACAGAGCUGCAACGGAUGGGGGUCGGGCUGAUCAUCGCCGUGAUGGCAAUGGUUUCGGCAGGCAUUGUUGAGUGCUACAGACUCAAAUACGCCCAAGCUGACUGUGGAGGAUCAGGAUCGAGCUCCUUGAGCAUCUUUUGGCAAGUUCCACAAUAUGCAUUGAUAGGAGCCUCAGAAGUUUUCAUGUACGUGGGUCAGCUUGAGUUCUUCAAUGCACAAGCACCGGAUGGGCUGAAGAGCUUUGGGAGUGCCCUAUGUAUGAGCUCGAUCUCGUUAGGGAACUAUGUUAGCAGCUUGUUGGUGACAAUGGUGAUGAAGAUUUCAACGGUGGAUGACAUGGCUGGUUGGAUCCCAAGCGACCUCAACAAAGGGCAUUUGGACAGGUUCUACUUUCUUCUUGCUGCCUUGACUGUGAUUGAUUCUGUGAUUUACAUUGGUUGUGCUAAGUGGUACAAGUUCAUCAAAUUGGAACACAAAUAUGAACAAACUGAAGAACAACCAGAAAGCUUGAGGGUAUGAAAUAUUGAGUUAACCCUUUGAAAUAAGAGCAGGAGAGAAUGAAUAGUAUGCAACUAGCAUACGAGUGGAUCACGUUGAAAUAGUAACCUAAAUAAUCAAUAGUAUAUGGAUAAGGUUUGAUGUCUUAUCUUGGUAACACUAUUGAUACGGUUCACUUUGUAAUCGUUAUAAACUAUUUGAUUCGAAUCGUUUAUGUAUAGACAAGUGAGUCAGGGUAUCACAUGCAAUUAGUUUGUAGAAUA